GCCCGGGCGCAGCGAGGAUGGGAGGGUCGCAGUCCCUGCAGCCAGUCCCCGCCAGCGACCUGAGCCUGGAGGCUUCCGAGGCCAUGAGCUCUGACUCUGAAGAAGCGUUUGAGACCCCGGAGUCCACGACCCCUGUCAAAGCUCCGCCAGCCCCACCCCCACCGCCCCCCGAAGUCAUCCCAGAACCUGAGGUCAGCGUACAGCCUCCCCCGGAAGAACCAGGAAACCCAGGAUGCGCUCCUGAGCCCGUCCCCGUCCCCGAUGGCCCACAGAGCCGCUCCCUGGAAGGAAGCCCUUUCCGGCCCCCCUCGCACUCCUUCUCUGCCGUCUUCGAUGAAGACAAGCCCAUAGCCAGCAGCGGCACUUACAACUUGGACUUUGACAGCAUCGAGCUGGUCGACACCUUUCAGACCUUGGAGCCUCGCCCCUCGGACUCUAAGAGCCAGGAGCGCAAAGCGAGCGCGCGGAGGAAGUCCACGGACUCCGUGCCCAUCUCCAAGUCCGCCUUGUCCCGCUCGCUCAGCCUGCAGGCCAGCGACUUUGAUGGUGCUUCUUGCUCAGGCCACACGGAUGCCGCGGCCCCGGCCCCGGACGCGUACGGCACGGGCUCGAGCAGCGCUUCCAGCACCCUUAAGCGAACUAAAAAACCCAGGCCGCCUUCCUUAAAAAAGAAACAGACCACCAAGAAGCCCCCAGAAACACCCCCUGUGCAGGAGACACACCAGGAGCCAGCCGAGGAGAGCCCCCCUCCCAGCGAGGACGCCCUAGCACCCGAGACAAAAGCAGAGUCAGCUAAAGCGGAAGGUUCUGGACCCGCCUCGUCGGAGGAGGCUGCCCUCGAGCCUGCCACCGUGCCCCAGGCUGCCUGCCCUCCGGACUCAGAAGCUGCGGAAGAGGCCGUCCCCCCGGCCUCUGGAGGUGGCGCCGUGCAGAACUCACCCCCCAUUGGGAGGAAAGCGUUGCCUCUGGACACGGCCCCGGAGGCAGUGGAGGUGCCCCCAUCCGAUAGCGGGGGGCAGGAGGACUCCCCAGCCAAAGGGCUUUCGGUGAGGCUGGAGUUUGACUAUUCUGAGGACAAGGGCAGUUGGGACACCCAGCAGGAAAACCCCCCACCUACCAAAAAGCCAGGCAAGAAGCCGGUGGCCAAAAUGCCCUUGCGGAGGCCAAAGAUGAAAAAAACACCCGAGAAACUGGACAACACUCCUGCCUCCCCCACCGGCUCCCCUGCCGAGCCCAACGACACCCCUAUGGCUAAAGGUACCUAUACCUUUGAUAUUGACAAGUGGGACGACCCCAAUUUUAACCCCUUUUCUUCCACCUCAAAAAUGCAGGAGUCCCCCAAACUGCCCCAACAGUCGUACAGCUUUGACCCGGACGCCUGUGAUGAGUCCGUGGAGCCCUUUAAGACACCCUCUAAGACCCCCAGCUCACCUUCCAAAUCCCCAGCCUCCUUUGAGAUCCCAGCCAGCGCCGCGGACGCCAGCGGAGUGGAUGGGGAUGGGCUGAGCAAGCCUGCCAAGAAGAAGAAGACGCCCCUAAAGACUGACACAUUUAGGGUGAAAAAGUCGCCAAAACGGUCUCCUCUGUCUGAUCCGCCUUCUCAGGACCCCACGCCAGCGGCAACCCCGGAAGCGCCGCCGGUGAUCUCGGCCGUGGUGCACGCCACCGACGAGGAGAAGCUGGCCGUCACCAGCCAGAAGUGGGCGUGCAUGACGGUGGACCUGGAGGCCGACAAGCAGGACUACCCGCAGCCCUCGGACCUGUCCACCUUCGUGAACGAGACCAAGUUCAGUUCCCCCUCGGAGGAGUUGGAUUACAGAAACUCCUAUGAAAUUGAAUAUAUGGAGAAAAUCGGCUCCUCCUUACCUCAGGACGAUGACGCCCCGAAGAAGCAGGCCUUGUACCUUAUGUUUGACACUUCUCAGGAGAGCCCGGUCAAGUCUCCCCCUGUGCGGAUGUCCGAGUCCCCGACGCCAUGUUCAGGGUCAAGUUUUGAGGAGACAGAAGCUCUUGUCAAUGCCGGGGCCCCGGUCCAGCAUCCCGUUCCACGAGGGCUGGCCCCCAGCCAAGAGCCACACAUGCAGGUGCCAGAGAAAUCCUCCCAGAAAGAACUGGAGGCCAUGGCCUUGGGCACCACUUCAGAAGCGAUUGAAAUUACAGCUCCCGAGGGCUCCUUGGCCUCUGCUGACGCCCUCCUCAGCAGGCUGGCUCAUCCAGCCUCUCUCUGUGGUGCACUUGACUAUCUGGAACCCGACUUAGCAGAAAAGAACCCCCCAGUAUUUGCUCAGAAACUCCAGGAGGAGUUAGAGUUUGCCCUCAUGCGGAUAGAAGCCCUGAAGCUGGCCCGGCAGAUUGCCCUGGCCUCCCGCAGCCGCCAGGACACCCAGAGAGAGGCUGCUCACCCGACGGAUGUCUCCAUCUCCAAAAGCGCCUUGUACUCCCGCAUCGGGGCCUCCGAGGUGGAGAAGCCCACCAGCCUCCUGUUCCAGCAACCCAGCUUGGACUCUGCACUCCAGAUGGCCAGAGCCGAGAUCAUAACCAAGGAGAGAGAGGUCUCAGAGUGGAAAGAUAAAUACGAAGAAAGCCGGCGGGAAGUGAUGGAAAUGAGGAAGAUAGUGGCUGAGUACGAGAAGACCAUCGCUCAAAUGAUAGAGGACGAACAGAGGGAGAAGUCCGUCUCCCACCAGACGGUCCAGCAGCUGGUCCUGGAGAAGGAGCAAGCCCUGGCCGACCUGAACUCUGUGGAGAAGUCCCUGGCUGACCUCUUCAGGAGAUACGAGAAGAUGAAGGAGGUUUUGGAAGGCUUCCGCAAGAAUGAAGAGGUGUUGAAGAAGUGUGCGCAGGAGUACCUGUCCCGGGUGAAGAAGGAAGAGCAAAGGUACCAGGCUCUGAAGGUGCACGCGGAGGAGAAGCUAGACAGGGCCAACGCCGAGAUAGCCCAGGUCCGGGGCAAGGCCCAGCAGGAGCAGGCCGCCUACCAGGCCAGCCUGCGGAAGGAGCAGCUGCGGGUAGAUGCGCUGGAGAGGACGCUGGAGCAGAAGAAUAAAGAGAUAGAAGAACUCACCAAGAUCUGUGACGAACUGAUUGCCAAAAUGGGGAAAAGCUAACUUUGAACCAAAUGUCUGGACUUGACUGUUGCGUGCAAUAUGACCGUCGGCACACUGCUGUCCGCCCGUUGUGCGGACGGGUUCUCUUUUCACUUUUUCGUAUGCACUACUGUAUUUCCUUUCUAAAUAAAGUUGAUUUGAUUGUAUGCAGUUCUAAGGAGACUAUCAGAAUUUCUUGCUAUUGGUUUGCAUUUUCCUAGUAUAAUUCAUAGCAAGUUGACCUCAGCGUUCCUGUAUCAGGGAGAUGGUCUGAUUCUCUAAUAAAAGACACAUCGCUGA